AUGGACAUGAACGAACCAAUUGCCGUGAUUGGCAGCGCCUGCCGAUUCCCCGGUGAAGCAGACACACCCUCAAAGCUAUGGGAUAUUCUCAAGUCUCCCCAUGACUUGCUGCGAUCAGUUCCCCAGGAGCGCUAUGACGCUGACGCAUUCUAUCACCCCGAUCCCAUGCACCAUGGAACUACCAACGUCCGCCAGUCGUACUUUCUCGACGAGGAUGUGGGCUCCUUUGAAAAUGGCUUCUUUAGUAUUCAGCCAGGAGAGGCAGAAGCUAUUGACCCCCAGCAGAGAAUCUUGAUGGAAACUGUUUACGAUUCACUAUGCGCUGCUGGACAGAAAAUCGAAGACCUUCGCGGUUCUCCCACAUCGGUUUAUGUCGGCCUCAUGUGCGACGACUGGAGCGGUGUGAUUGCCAAAGAUUUAGAUGUGUUUCCUCAGUAUGGUGCUACUGGGAUGGCCCGCAGCAUCAUGGCCAACCGCAUCUCUUACUUCUUCGACUGGCAUGGCCCAUCCAUGACCAUCGAUACGGCGUGCUCCUCUAGUCUUGUCGCCGUGCACCAGGCUAUUCAGUCUCUUCGAAGUGGUGACUCGCAAGUCGCGGUCGCCGCUGGAGCCAACCUUAUUUUGACGCCAGAUAUGUACAUUGCAGAAAGCAAGUUAUCUAUGCUUUCUCCUACCGGAAGAUCGCGCAUGUGGGAUAAAAAUGUCGAUGGCUAUGCCCGUGGUGAGGGCAUUGCUGCCGUCGUGCUCAAGCCUCUCAGCCUUGCCUUGCGGGACAACGACAAAAUCGAGUGUUUGAUUCGAAACACGGGAGUGAACCAAGACGGUCGCACCCAAGGUAUUACCAUGCCUAGCGCAGCCGCUCAGGCAGACCUCAUCCGAAGCACGUACGCCAAGGCCGGACUUGACCUUGAUGAUCCGGCAUGUCGACCACAGUUCUUCCAUGCCCACGGUACCGGUACCGCUGCGGGUGAUCCUCAAGAGGCCGAAGCCGUCUGGCGAGCAUUUUACGAGAACAGAAAUGUCCAGGAUAAGCUCUACGUUGCCUCCAUCAAGACCAUAAUCGGCCAUACCGAGGGAACAGCCGGCCUGGCCAGUCUGAUCGGCACGUCUCUCGCACUUCGCCACGGUGUCAUCCCUCCCAACAUGCACUUUAAUACAUUGAACCCGCGUCUGGCCCCAUUUUACAACAAUCUUGAAGUUCCCACGCAGGCCAAGCCGUGGCCGGAAACAUUCCCAGGCCAGCCUAAGCGUGCCAGCAUCAACAGCUUUGGUUUUGGCGGCACUAACGCCCAUGCCAUUCUCGAGUCCUAUAAACCAUACGUGCCCUCGGUCGCAGCAGGUCCGGUAUUUUCGCCUUUGACGUUUUCUGCCUCAUCUGAACAAUCGCUACGUGCUCUUCUCGCAGAAUACUCGACCUAUCUAUCCACGUAUCCCAAAGUUUCUCUACAUGAUCUUGCCUACUCUCUGCAGCUGCGAACCUCGACCCUUGCGCACAGAGUCGCCAUUUCUGCCGUUUCUACUGCGGACGCGAGGGUACAGAUUGACGCCAUUUUGCAGGGAGAAAGAGAUUCCGCGCUUGGCACCAAGCAUCUCGUCAAGAAAGAUGCCCGGAUCCUCGGUGUCUUUACAGGCCAAGGUUCGCAGUGGGCUAGAAUGGGCGCUAGGCUGCUCGAGGAGUCUCCUUUUUGCGCCAAACGUCUGGAUGAGUUGCAGACUAUCCUCAGUCAUCUCUCUGCCGAACAGCGCCCCACAUGGACACUAAGAGAAAUGAUUAUCGCUCUCGAAGGCUCCUCUCGCGUGGCAGAGGCGGCCAUAUCGCAGCCAAUGUGCACUGCGAUACAAAUAAUUUUGGUUGAUCUUCUUCACGCGGCAGCCAUUUCUUUCCACUCUGUCAUUGGUCAUUCUUCCGGCGAAAUUGGCGCCGCGUAUGCUGCUGGAUUGGUGUCUGACAAAGAUGCCAUCAGGAUUGCGUAUUUCCGUGGUCUUUACGCCAAGUUGGCUUCCUCGCCCAAUGGUAAACCUGGAGCUAUGAUGGCCGUUGGUUCAACUCUCGAAGAUGUCUCUCAGCUUUGUCAACUGGAAGAUUUCAGGGGGCGAAUCCAAAUCGCCGCUCAAAACUCGCCGUCCAGCUUCACGAUUUCUGGAGAUGAGGAUGCCAUAGCCGAAGCUAUAGAAGUCUUCAAGGAGGAAGGCAAGUUUGCCCGCCAACUCAAGGUGGACACGGCAUAUCACUCGUCUCACGUUAUUCCUUGCGCUGUGCCCUACCUUGCGGCGAUGCAGCAGUGCACGCCUGAAAUUUCGGAGCCAACGGGCACCAAAUGGUACUCAAGUGUUCUUCAAGGAGAGGUCAUGUCGUCCAAGAAGCUCUCUUGGCAGUACUGGAUCAACAAUAUGACGCAACCUGUCUUGUUUGCCCCAGCCGUUCAGCAUGCAUGGGCAGACGGUGCGUUUGAUCUCGUGCUUGAAGUUGGCCCGCAUCCAGUCCUCAAAACACCGUGUCUGGACAGCAUUGAAGAGACUGCGGCCUACCAGCCGCCAUACAGUGGCGUUUUGGCUCGCACAAAGGACGAUAUUCAGGAGUUUUCCAACAGUCUCGGGUUCAUUUGGACACAGCUUGGCCCCAACUCAGUCGACUUUGACGCUUUUGAAAAGGUCAUCUCUCAAUCCUCCGUUGCAAGGCGCCUCGUGCCUGAUCUACCCAAGUAUUGCUUUGAUCACAACAAGACCUUCAUGUCUUUUUCCAGAAGAUCCGGUGUUCAUAACAGCCUCACAGCACCCCCCCACCCGCUGCUCGGCAAGAGAUGCUUUGACAGAGAAGGACAGCACAGCGUCCAGUGGCGCAACGUUCUCCGGCCAAAGGAGCUGUCCUGGCUACACGGGCACCAGAUCCAGGGCCAGAUUGUCUUCCCUGCGACUGGAUACAUUUCCAUGGCCGUCGAAGCUGUCGCUAUUCUUGCUAGAGAUGCAAAGAUUUCCUUGGUAUCCAUUGAAAACCUGCAAAUCGGCCGAGCCAUGGCAUUCAAGGAUAACGACGCGAGCAUGGAGAUGACGUUUGACUUGAACAUUAAGGCGCAAAGUGAUGAUCAUAUUGAAGCAUACUUCUCAUGCAGCUCGGGUUCUCCACACGACCACAAAACUGUCUUGGCUUUGAACGCCAGCGGUGUGAUUCGAGCGACGUUUGGUUCGCAAGCUUAUGACACACUCCCCAAAAUCGAGGCUCAGACUCACAACAUGAGCGACGUCACCAUUGAUCGAUUUUACACGUUCUUAAGCUCGCUUGGCUACCACUACUUCUGGCCAUUCUGUGGCACUGCUAAAAUUCAGCGCAAGGCUGGCUAUGCUACCGGAAUCGUGGAAGAUGCUUCAACAUCAGAAUGGGAAGAUGAGCUCAAUGUUCACCCAGGCAUGCUUGAUUCUGCUCUGCAAACCACCUUUGCCGCUUUUUCAUGCCCCGGAGAUGAGAGGAUGUGGGCACUGCACGUGCCGACCAGCUUUAGAUCCAUUGUCAUCAAUCCCCAUUACACGCCGCUAGGUACUGGCAAGCAGAAGCAGUUUGAUUUUAUUUCCGUCGCCCAUAAUUACUCCAAAGGUAAGGUUAUUACGGAGCUUAAUCUCUUGGCACAGGAUUCUGGUCACACUGCUAUUCAAAUCGAGGGCAUGCAGCUCACGCCGUUGACGCCAGCUUUGCCCGAGAAUGAUGCGGUGCUCUUCUCCCGCUUCAAUUACAAGAUAGCGCUACCGGAUGGCGAUGCGGUGGCAGCAAAGCACGAAUUCAAGGCAGAAGAUCUGACCACUGCCACGGACUCCGAGCGCAUCUCGUUCUACUACUUGCGUCACCUCGUCGACACCAUUACCGCGCAAGAAAAGGCUGACACAUUGUGGCAUUACCGCCAUCUGCUCGACUGGGCCGCAUUCGUGGUUCCUCAAGUAUUAAACGGCUCCAAUGCACAUAUCCCAGCCUCUGCCAAACAUGAUACGCGGGCAGAUAUUGACAAGCUGCUUCAAAAGCACUACCACCGAACAGAUGUUCGUCUUCUGGAGUCUGUGGGCAACAAUCUUUCCCAAUGUAUUCGCGACAAGUCCAAUAUUCUGGAACACAUGGUCAAGGAUGGCAUGCUCGAUGACGUGUACGAGGAGGGUUUUGGAUUGAAUCUUGUCAACGAGUACAUUGCGGACAUGGCUUUGCAGAUUGCCCAUAGAUACCCGCGAAUGAAUAUUCUAGAAAUUGGUGCCGGCACUGGUGGUUCGACAAGAAUGGUUCUGCCGAGGCUCGGAUCGGCCUUUUCCACGUACACCUAUACCGAUGUCUCGAGCGGCUUCUUUGAGGUUGCAGAAGAACGCUUUCGCGAUUACGCAGACCGCAUAAUCUUCAGAACCUACGACAUGAACAACAGUCCAGCUUCCCAGGGCUUCACUGAGGGAUCCUACGAUCUUGUCAUUGCCUCUAACGUUUUACACGCAACACUUGGGCUGGAAGAGAUGAUGACGUAUGUCCGAAGCUUCUUGAAGCCUGGUGGUUUCGUAAUCAUCUUGGAGACCGUCAACAACGACUGCCUUCGCGUUGGGCUGCCCAUGGGCACGCUUUCAGGAUGGUGGCUCGGCGCAGAGACUGGACGCCGUUGGGGUCCUACCUUGACUCUUCCACAAUGGGAUUCUCUGUUGCACAAGUGUGGAUUUGAUGGUAUUGACAGCACGACGCCGCCCGUUCAUAAGAUUCUCCCCGGCCACGUUUUUUGCGCGCAAGCUGUCGAUGACCGUGUCUCUAUGUUGCGAUCACCGUUGAGCGACAUCACUACGCUGCCUCCCACGAAGGCUUCGCAGCUCGUCAUUGUCGGCGGUGAGACGCUCAAUGUUCACAGACUCUGUCGAAAGCUUUCCUCUCUGCUUGCCUCGAGAUUCGACUACGUUGUGCGCUUCAACACCGUCGCUGACCUUGCCGCAGCCUCGCUGAGUGAGUCAAGCACCGUGCUGUCACUCGCUGAGCUCGACACACCAGUCUUCUCUUCCUUUGGGCCGCACAUCAUGGACGGGCUAAAGGCUCUCUGGCGAGGAAGUGGCAACAUCCUCUGGGUGACAUCGGGAGCCCGCUCUGACAAUGCCUUUGGUUACAUGUCUCUUGGUCUGGGUCGUUGCGUGCGAUUCGAGUACCCCAACAUCAAUAUACAAGCGCUGGAUAUUGAUGUUGUCAAUGAGGGUGCCUGUUACAUUAUUGCUGAGCAUCUUCUUCGCUUGGAGCUAUUGGAUAAAUGGUCGAGAGAAUUGGAGCCUGAGGAACUGCUCUGGACGAUGGAGCCGGAGGUCUACAUUGAGAAUACCACGGCCAUCAUCCCACGACUAUACCCUUACUUGGACGGAAACAAUCGCUACAAUACUGCUCGCCGUGUGGUCAAAGAGACGCGGAAUUUCCAAAAGACUAGGAUCAUGCUUACUGCGGAUGAUGGCAAAUGGCACAUGGAGGGAGCGUCCCCAUUGCACGUGACGCCUGCUGUACCUUUCACAACGGCCAGACGAACUCUCUCCGUCACACACUUUUUGCUCUCAACUGUCGAAAUCGUCCAAGGCUGUCGUCUGUUGCUUGGCGUUGGAGUCGACGUUGCCAAUGGAGAACGGCUAGUCUUUGCUUCCCACGCUACCGAGUCUCCCGUUUCUGUGCCUGCUUCAUGGUGCCAUCCAUGUGAGAGAGAUGUCAUCGUUGCCCUUGGUUUGCUAUCUGCACAAUUAUUUGCGGAAAGCAUUAUAAAUGACACAGUUAUCAUUCACGAGGCGCACCCUCGAAUUGCUGGUGUUUUGCGAGAGAAGAUGCAAGCUUUGGCGGCCCGACCUGUCUUCACAACCUCUACCAAGCACGACUGUCCUGCCGACUGGAUCUAUAUUCCUCAAAGCCUUCCUCACCGCCUUGUUCGCCAGUGUCUACCUUCCGAUGCCAACAAGUUCGUUGAUCUAUCCCAAGACUCUAGUACUGGCAAUACAUUGGCCGCAAACUUGCCGGUAUCGUGUCAGUCAAUCGACACGAGCUUCCUGUGGAAUACGCGCACGCAGGUACGGCCGUUUGUGGCUGAGAAGGACGUGUCGUCCGUCCUAGCCGCGGCCUUCUCCUCUAUCAAUAACGCUGGGGUCGUCAAACUCGAACAUGCCAAUUUUGCUACCAUACCAGUGCAGCAACUUGCUGCUGGCAUGGAAACGACUGCACAGUUUGCGGUUGCAGAAUGUGAGGAUACUGCAGUGGAAAUUUCCAUCCGGCCGAUUGAUGGCGGUAGUAUCUUCCGAGCAGACCGCACCUAUUUGCUGGCAGGCUUAACAGGUGAAUUGGGCCAAUCCCUUUGCAAAUGGAUGGCAACCCGUGGUGCAAAGUACAUUGCACUUACCAGCCGCAAGCCAACGUUGAGUUCCGCCUUUCAAGAAGAGAUGCAAAAGAUGGGAAUGGUUGUAAACUGCUUCGCAAUGGACAUUACGGAUCGUGACUCUAUUUUCAACUGCCAUAAUAGGAUCGUGGAAACUAUGCCACCAAUUAUCGGCGUCACAAAUGGUGCUAUGAUUCUCGAUGAUGGUCUCUUUGACAACAUGUCUUUUGCAUCUUUUGACAGAGUGCUUAAGCCAAAGGUCCGCGGCUCACAGCUGCUCGACGAGCUCUUCUACGACACGCCUCUUGACUUCUUCAUCUUCUUCUCUUCAACCACGGCGGUCAUGGGCAACAGUGGCCAGAGCAACUACAUUGCCGGAAACAUGUUUAUGAAUGCGCUCGCAUCACAAAGGAAGCGCAGAGGCGUUGCGGCCUCAUCCAUCAACAUCAGCUCAGUCAUCGGUAUUGGCUAUGUCGAGCGCGCCCAAGACCUCAGCGCCGAAACCUUCACCAACAUGGGCUACAAGCCAAUGUCGGAGCAAGAUGUGCACUGCUUAUUUGCAGAGGCUAUUUUGCUUGGACGCCCUGACGUAUCGGGAGUCUGUGAGCUGUCUACCGGUGUCACUCCGAUUUAUGCCGACAGCCAAUUCAAGGGCCAGUAUCUCAAAGACGUCAAGUUUGGUCAUUUUGUAUUGGAGCGCUCUACUUCUGGUCAUCAGACGGGUAAGACGGCGUCUGCCUCCGUUAGGACCCAGCUAGCUAGCAUCAAGACGGUAGCAGAGGCAACAUCUGUCAUCAAGGAAUCUUUCCUUGCUCGACUGAGACGAAUUCUGGCUGUUGAUGCAGAUGAGCCCAUCAAUGAAUUAGUCACGCUUGUGGAGCAAGGCGUUGAUUCGCUCAUGGCCGUGGAAGUCCGUACCUGGUUCCUCAAAGAGCUGGACUUGGACAUCCCGGUGUUGAAAAUCUUGGGAGGCAGCUCCGUCGUGGACCUGUUGGGAGAUGCCAUCUCUCUGCUUCCUCCAUCCGUAGUAGAUUUGUCUCAGCUCAAAGACGGCAUUGAGACUGCGGUCGGUGCAUCGCCCCAACAAUCGGCUUCCUCCUCAGCGUCCGUUAAUUCUGCUAGAACGCCAGACUCCAGAAUCGACGGCACCCCGAAGAUGGUUGCUGACGGCACUCACACACAUUUAACGCCGCUGAAUCUCUCAACAUCUACAGCGUCUCUUGCGUCCGAAAAGCCUUCCAAGGCGCCAGGUACGGCGCCAACCCCCGCGUCCGUCAGUACAGUUCCUGACGAGUCUUCCAGCAUCAUGUCUUUCGGUCAGUCCGGCUUCUGGUUUCUAAACGAAUACCUGGAAGAUGCCACAGCCUCCAACAUGGCAGCCAUGUUGAGGCUCAAUGGCCCGAUUUCUAGCAGCAGGCUGCAGGCUGCGUUGCAGAUUGUUGCGCAGCGCCACGAGAUUCUGCGCACAAGAUUCUAUUGGGACGAAGAGGAUGACAAUAGAAUUCCCAAGCAAGGCGUUCGUAAGGAGAGCUUAUUAGAGCUGGUGACCAAGGAGAUUGCGUCGGAAAGAGAAGCAGUGGAUGAGCUUGAUUCCAUGCGUAGUGUCCGGUGGAACUUGGAAGACGGGUUGACAAUGAAACUUUCCCUACUCAGUUUGUCCCAAUCAGCGCAUUUCAUGGUUGUUGGAGCUCACCACAUUAUUCUGGACGGGUAUAGCUUCAGCAUCUUCGUCAAGCAGCUCGAGGCUGCAUAUCGACAAACUUCGCUCCCAGUCAUCUCCCCAUUGUCGCAAUAUAGUUCGUUCGCAGUACAGCAGAGACGGUCAUCCGACAACAACGAAUUUGAAAAUGAUCUAAAGUAUUACCGCCAGCGCCUGCCGUCCACAUUUCCGCCAAUUGAGCUGUUGCCGUUGGCUAAAGUCAAGGGACGACAGCCUCUGAAAACGUAUCGUCAACACAUGGCGACAGUAAAGAUCAACGCGGCUGUAACCUCAAAGAUCAAACUGCUUGCCCGCAAAGCUCGGGUGACCUCGUUCCAUUUCUACCUCAGCGCCCUCCAAGCACUCUUAUUCCAGAUGCUGCCGGAGAGCGAAAACAUCUUUAUUGGCAUCGCAGACGCGAACCGUCUGGACAAGCGGUAUAUGGAAAGUAUUGGCUUUUUUCUCAAUGUUUUGCCUCUUUUCUUCCAGCGGCCAAAGGCAACAGCCACGGUGUCAACAAUGGUGCAAUCUGCUCGCGAUGCAGCAUACAGCGCCCUAGGACAUUCGCAACUACCGUUUGAUGUUUUGCUUCUCCAUCUCAACGUCCCCCGAUCCAACACGCACACGCCACUUUUCCAAGUCUUUGUAGACUACAGGCAAGUUGUGCAAGAACGAGCGACAUGGGCUGAUUGUGCACUUCUGGGAGAGCAGUGGCGCAACGCAUCUACUGGUUAUGAUAUUGCCUUGGAGGUUACAGAAAAUGUGAACACGGAUACGCUGAUUAGCCUAAGUCUUCAAGAUGCGCUCUACACAAAGGACAGCGCUGAUCUUCUUCUGCGUUCCUAUGGUGAAGUUAUUGAAUUCAUGGCAGAUGCUGCUACGGCCACGUUUAGUGCCGUCCCGUCUUGGUCUCGCCUCGACACCGAAACCGCUUUGGCAGUAGGGAAAGCAUCGUCGAUUGCCACCGAGGGGUGGCUUACACUUAGUCACCAGAUCCAAGGAAGCAUUACAAAGUUUGGGACGAGGCUAGCGUUAAAGGAUGGCAAUGGUCGCGCCAUGAUGUACGAAGAGAUGGGCAAGCGGAUUGAUUCCAUUUGCAAGGCCCUACUCCAGACUGGCAUCCCACCAGGAGCCAUCGUGGGUGUUUUUCAGCACCCGUCUUGUGAUUGGAUUUGCUCUAUGCUGGCCAUCCUCAAAGCUGGCGCUGUGUACCUGCCACUAGACCAGCGCAACUCUAUUCCUCGACUCAAGAGUAUCUGCAAAGCCGCCAAGCCAGAUGUUCUAAUCACAGACGACUCAAUGACUAGCCAAGCUGGCGAACUAGAUGCUGGCGGUGCAACGGUAUUGGCACUCAGCACCGUGGACUAUCGCCAGCCAGAGGCAAUUGCAAUGCUGGCAGAGCCAGAUAGCGAUGCAGUUAUUCUCUUCACGAGCGGCUCUACGGGAGAGCCAAAAGGCAUUCUACUCAGCCACCGUAACCUGUUAGUGUCCGCCCAAGGGUCUCGCAGGACAUUCGAGCACAGCAAGGAGGAUUCCUUUGUGGUUCUUCAACAGAGUCCGUUUAGCUUUGAUCUUGCCCUUGAUCAGAUUUUCGCCGCCGUUGCUCACGGAGGUUGUUUGUAUGUUGUUCCGACCGAGCAUCGUGGCGAUCCCAUGGAGAUUACCAAAGCCAUGCUCAUGGAGGGUGUUGCGUACACCGCCUCUACCCCGUCAGAGUACGACAUGUGGCUUCGCUAUGGAUUCGAAAAUUUGCAAAAGUGCACCAAGUGGACGCAUGCCUUUUCGGGAGGCGAGGUUAUGAAGCAUUGUCUUGCUCGCAAAUUCGCAGAGUUAUCCCUCCCGCAGCUUCGCGUCGUAAAUGGUUACGGUCCAGCCGAAACAACCAUGUUUUCCACCAGAGGGGAACUGGAUUACGCGUCUGGUAGCCUACUAGAUCCGUUACCCGCCGGAUACAUGUUUCCAGAAUAUUCUGUUUGCAUUGUUGAUCCAAACGGGCGCCCUGUACCGCUGGGCGUUCCGGGAGAGAUUGUCAUUGGCGGACCAGGUGUUGCGGCUGGGUAUUUGAAUAUGCCUGCCAUGACGCGUGACAAGUUUGUAGCUGACACAUACUUUGGUACCGCUUAUAAAGUCUAUCGAAGUGGUGAUCGUGGCAGACUACUGCCAGGCGGCCUUUUACACUGCGACGGGAGGUUGGAUGGAGAUUCGCAGGUCAAACUACGCGGUUUCCGCAUAGAGCUGGCAGAGAUUGAAAAAGUAUUAAUGGCAUGUGCCUCGGGUGCCUUAUCUCAUGCCGUGGUUACUCUGCGCGGCGAAGGCGAGGACAAGUACCUCGCAGCGCAUCUUGUCUUUGCUGCCAGGUACGCUGAGGGGGACAGGAUCAAGACGCUCGCUUCUCUUAAGCAAACCAUUCCCCUACCAUCCUACAUGCGACCAAGUGUCUUUGCUAUUCUGGAAGACAUUCCAAAGACAGUUCAUGGCAAGAUUGAUCGCAAGACUAUUCAAACGUUGCCCAUUGACUCUUAUGGUAGCAGUUCCACCUCUGUUAGCCUGACCAGCGCAGAGGCUACGCUGAGCAAACUCUGGCGCGACAUUCUUCCGGUUGAUCCCGGCAAUCUUGAGCCAUUUUCGGAUUUCUUUGCUGUUGGUGGCAACUCCCUCCUUCUUGUCAAGCUUAAGCACAGCAUGCAGCAAGCGUUCCUUGCCGCGCCAACGCUAAGCACGCUUAUGGGAGCCACGUCGUUGACUGACAUGGCGACGGCUAUCGAACGAAGUCAGCCGAGUGAUGAAAUCGAUUGGGACUGGGAGACGGCCAUUCCUGCAUCGCUUGGCAAUAUCACCAUGAGCCAGCGUAGCCACAAGAACGCCAGCCUGACGGUACUCCUAACAGGCGCCAGCGGUUUCCUUGGCCGUCAUCUUCUUUCCCACCUCGUCAGAGAUGCGACAGUCGCGCGAAUCAUUCUUCUCGUACGCGACAUUGCGCGCAUGCAGAUGGUAGACGGCAAGAACAAGGUGUCCAUUGUGGAAGUCGACAUCACCUUGGACCAGCUUGGGCUCUCUUCCGAUGCAUACGCAGCCAUUGUCUCGAAUGUGGACGUUGUUGUCCACUGUGCUGCAAACAGGUCUUUCUGGGACUCGUAUCACAAUUUGCAACCCAUCAACGUGCAGUCUGUCAAAUCUUUGGCACGACUUGCUCUGCUGGCAGGAAGUUCUAUUCACUUCAUGUCCUCUGGUCGCGUUACAUUGUACGGGGAUGAGGUUCUUCCGCCCAAAGAUGGCAGUGACGGGUAUGUUGGUACGAAAUGGGCAGCAGAGAGAUUUCUCAAAAGGAUUUCGACGGAAAAGAAAUUGCCCGUGUACGUUCAUCGACCUGUGGGAGUUUCUAGAGAGAGCAACGGAGGCGUAGAUCGAGAUGCAGUACUCCAAGACCUCACCAGGAUUAUGGGUCGAAUCGGCUCACGCCCAUCCUUUGAAGGCGUUGCAGGCUCUAUCGACGUCUUACCCCUGAAUGAAGUUGUAUCCCUUUUAAGCAAGACGGCUUUGACAAGCACAGAACGCCAAGACCAACCAAAGGGUAGCAUGCCACUGGAGGUUGUUUACCACUCAGCAAGACUCAGAGUAUUUGUGAAAGAACUCUCCCGCCACGUGGAGGCAAACGACGAUCUACGCCAACUUCCAAGUUUGCCUAUUUUGGACUGGUUUGGGAAGGCUAAAGUGGCAGGAUUUGCGUAUUUGAUGGCGGCACAGGAGUUGAGGAUGACGUCUGGAGGCGAAGAACUGGUGUCACAGCGUUAA